UACCGUAAUUAUUUCUUCAAAAUAUUAAAUGAGGGUUAUAUGAAGUCUAUGCAGAUUCGUUUAUCUGCCAGUGAAUUUUUAACGCGGGCUCAGUUUGACAAAAUAUUUUAUUCCAAAUUUGUAAAAUCUAAAUUGCAAAUCAACUACAAAAUAUGCAUACUUUAUCACAAUCUUCAUCACAAAGUGGAUCAAGUUCUCAGCAAUUUCGUGAACAGUCAAGGCCUUUAUUACCACACUACCCGAAAAAAAGGCAAGGGAGUCGAGAAAGAUCUUUCCAAAGUUCAUGGUACAAGGUUUUUUCUUGGCUGGAGUAUUUCAAAGAUGUAGAUUCAUGUUUUUGCUAUCCUUGUCAAAUGUUUGCAAAAGAUUCGACUAAAGAAAAAACAUUCAUAACAAAUGGAUUCUCUAACUGGAAAACAGCAAUGGAAAGUGGGAAAGGAUUUAAAAAACAUGAACAGUCAGAGGUUCAUAUGCGAGCAGUGGCAUCUUGGAAAGAGAAAGAAUUCCGUGAGAAACGUGGUCAGACAGUACGAAACCUCAUCCAAGUCAAGCCAGAACACAAAAUAUGGCUGAAAACAGUAUUCAACACUACCAAAUACCUUGUUGCUAAUGGUCUAAGCUUUCGUGGACACGAAGAAAAUUCAAAUUUGGAAGAGGGCCCGUCAGGAGGGUUGUAUUUAAAUACAUUUACUGAUCUUAUCUUUCCACAAGAUCCACAUUUGCAACAAAUAGCGAAGAAUCUUCCAACCAAUGCAAAAUAUACUUCACCAGAAAUACAAAAUGAUGUGAUUGAAACCCUAGCAGAAAUUGUGAGAGAGACAGUAGCCAAUGAGUGCAAGGAGGCAGAGUUAUUCACUUUAAUGAUGGAUGGGACUACUGACAGCUGCCAAAGUGAGAUGGAGGGUGUUGCAUUGAGAUACUGGAACAAAAGCAAAGGAGGUAUUGUGGAACAUGUAGUUGAUGUCAAGUUGGCAGAAGACCGGUCUGCAAAAGGUCUUCUGGACAUUGCUACAACAACUCUGGAGGAUAAGCAUGGAAUAUCAAUGGAUGGACUAGUUUCCAAUACCUUUGAUGGAGCUAGUGUCAUGUCGGGGACAAAAGGUGGUUUGCAACAGUUAAUUCAAGAACAUUGUGGGCGUAAUAUUCCAUAUAUCCAUUGUCUGAACCAUCGGCUUGCUUUAGUGAUAAAAAGCACUUUGUCAAACAUUCUAGAGAUGGAUGAUUUCUUUCAACUGAAUCAAGAUUUAUACAUUUUCUUCAGAAUCUCUCAGAUUCAUAAGCUCUAUGAAGGCGAUUCUUUGAAAAAGUUGAUAACUACAAGGUGGGAUGGACAUUUAUCAAGCCUGAAAGUUAUUUCAAAAUGCAUUGAUGAUGUACAUGCCACACUAGAAAAAUGUUCAGUUUCAAAGUCAGUAGAUUCAGAAUAUCGUUCCAAAGCUAAGGGUUAUUUGUCAGCCUUAAAGCAACCUGUUAACAUCUUUCUCAUACCAUUCAUGAUGGAUGUUUUAUCUCUUCUUGACAUCCUCAACAAGACUUUCCAGAAGCCUGAUUGUGACUUACAAACAUCACUUAUCAUACUGAAAUCCAUUAGAGAAAAGCUAAAUAGUCUGCGUCAUGAGUACACCAUAGACAAAAUUGCAAAUGUCAUAUAUCCUGAGUGCGCUGCUAUGACAGAGAUUGAACCUGGUGUUGCUAGUAAGAGAAAAAGAACCACUCCAGAAAGGCUUCAGGACUCGGUAAUUACAGAUAAGUUACCAAUAUUUCGGGAUAUGAACAACAACGUGGAAGGCUUACGUGCAUUGGCAGUCGAGGUACUUGACAAUCUAGAAGCUGAAUUCAAGAACCGUUUCAGUGAGUUCAACACAGAUCUGUUUGGUUGUCCUUCACAAUCCUGGAACCAUCAAAUGCCCAGUUUCUUGAUGCUAAUGAACUUAGGCCUCUUCUGGACUUUAUCAAAACCAUUCCAGUAAUUAGUCAGAAAGUUGAAGAUUUCUCCUUUCAUAAACUGAAAAGUGAAUGUGAUGUGUUUCGCAGUGUUAUACAGCAUUUUAAUGCCAGUCAAGAUAGUUUGGCUGAGCUUGAAUUCCAGAAGAAAAAAGUUGAAAAUGAAGCAAAAGGCAAGAAGACUAAACAGGAAAAUGUGAACAGAAUGACACGGACGACAACAUUUGUAUCAACAUUGCAUGGUGCUGAAAUUUUGCAGCAAAUGUAUUUGGUUGCUGUAACUGCUGGGUAUUCCAGCUCUGUGGUAGAAUGUGUUUUUUCUGCCCUGAAUAGGGUUGAUACAUGUCAUCGAAGGCGAAUGACACCAUACAGAAAGUCAGGACUGACAUUAUUGCAUUUUGAGAAUGCCAUCACUAGAGCAAUUUCAUUUGAACAGUUCUUGAUG